CACUCACACACAGCACAGAUUUCCUCUUCAUUUCAGUGUGAGUCAAACCUCUUCAUAGAACAGGACGCAUUUCCCACUUGUCACUGUUUCAUCAUGAAGUUUUCUGGGCUGUGGUUGCUCUUGUUUGUGUUCGGGAGUACAAAACCCUCAGGUGGAGUUUCCAGAAAGUUUGAAGGAGAAACGCUGAGACUGUACUGGGUUUUGGAUUCUUUUGAGGAUGUGAAGAACGAAACGAUCACCGAGAUGUUGUGUAAAAAUGAAUGUGCAGAGGACGACGUUUUGGUGCAGACUUCAGGCAGAAAAGAGGAGAGAGGCAGAUACGCGAUCACACAUUUUAGGAAAGACUCUCCUUAUGUGGACAUAGCAGUUGUUUACAUCACCAACCUGACAAUGUCCGACUCGGGACGAUAUCGAUACCUGUUUGACACACCCGCCAAAAGACACAGCACUGAUUUUGUUCUUGAAGUCAUCAGAGCGACGGAGAAAAACAAACACGAUACGACUCCGAUUUACACAGCGUCUGCAGGAGAAGAUCUGACUCUGCCCUGUGACUUUUAUACGUCUGGACAAACGAAGAGCUUCUGUAAAAACGACUGCGUUGAGGACGUGUUGGUGCGGACACACUUACACAUGAAAGAAACCGACAGAUACGGGAUUGAAUACAAAGAAUUAUCAACCAGUUGGAGUUUCAUCUUUGUGACCAUCACAAAUCUGACCGACUCUGACUCUGGAACCUACAGCUGCGCUCUGGACCAGGCUUCAAGAAAAUUCAGAAUUGUGGUUGAGCAGGAAUCUACAGGAUUUCUGAUCUGGAUCCCGAUCCUGGCUCUGAUCCUGAUUGUAGUCAUCGCCAUGGUGAUCAUUCUGGCUGUGCAUUUUAAGAGAGGGGCUAAGGACGACCAGUCGCCGAGCCUCACAGCUGAGGGGAUGCCGAGACACACAGGAAGUCCAACCCUGGAGAACAAUUAUGAGAACUUCACAGAGUUUUCAUCUGAAAACGAGUCACAUUACCAAGGCCUGGACCUGGACAGAAUGGAGACGCCCUACAGCGACCUCUACUGGACAAACAUGUGAAAAAACACUGUGAUAAAUACCUCCACAACCAAGACGUAACAGCCUGAACUCUGCACUGAACACGAUGUACGGUUUGUAAAAGUCUUAUUCCUCUGUCUGUGGGGAAACACUUUUAAUCUUGCUUUUAAAACACAAAAGGAAACAUUGCUCAUCACAACAACUUUUACUUUUUUCGCCUGUUAUGGUAACUGUGAUUCAGGGCACAAACGAGGCAGUUCAUAUAAACGGUUCAGAUUUUUCACAUUUAAUCUGUUAGUGGAUAUUCAGGGCAUUCGUUAUUUCUGUUUUAGUUUAGACAUUAUGCACUGACAUUAUUUAAUUUGAAAAUGCCCCUUGACGUUCCAGCUGAGAGACACUAAAGCAGAACUAUGGGCAGCACAACAGACAUAAUUAGUUUAUUUCCUUUUUUGAGGAGGUUAGUUUUCAGCCAUUGGGAUAAUUUUAGCUCAAAUUAUUUUUAUAUGGUAAAAAUGGGAAAUGAAAGUCGUUUUUCUGUUGUUGUGACUGAGCUGGUUUGUUAUUUAAAGACGAGGUGAGAUAAAGGACACUUCAACUCAACGCACAACAUUUAAUCUCAACGCACAAACUCAGAAACAUGUGAUUUAAAGAGCCCGUAUUUUAAGUUAAAACUACCACUUCAUGACAUCACAAGGUGGAAAAUGUAUAGAUUUGAUCUAUACAACACAUUUUGAGAAAAAAAAAUAAUUAGUAAGUGUGAUCUAUGUAUACUUCAUCAUUUUUUAUGAUUGUAUAUAUUGAAAAUGUUUUAAAAUGUAUGAGUGGUGUAAUACUACAUGACAAUCAGUGAUGGAAUGUAACAAAGUAAAAGUAAAGUAUUGUACUUUUGAGAGUAGGUGUCUGUACUUUCUACUCUUUCUACUUUCUACUAGUAUUUUUUUUAUUAUUGUGUGAGACCUGCUGAAAAGGCUGAGGGUUUUAUUUUUAACAUGUUCAUAGUUUGAGCAA